AUGGUAACAAAAGAAUGUCGUAUGACAAUGCUCCUUCAUGAUAUGGAUAUCUCACGUCUUAUGGUGUAUGCCCAACAAAUGGAGGAGUCAAAACUCAAAGAAGAGAAAUCUAGGGAGAAAAAAAGGUCUAGGAUGGAUAAUGAUAAGUCUUGUCAUGAAGGGUCCGAUGGACAUGGACACUCUAGGAACCGACAAAGGUUUUCUGGACAAGGUUCUUCUAAUACCCCUAAGUUUAAACUAGAGAAAGGUAGUGGUUCUCCAUUACCUAAGCUUAUUUGCACCAAGUGUGGAAGGAAUCAUCAUGAUAGGUGCCUAGCCGACAUAGAUGGUUGUUAUGGUUGUGGAAAAAGUGGACACCAAAUGAGGAAUUACCCGGGGCUUAAGGCUAAGGGAAGAGAGGAUAAUAAAGUUUCUUCUAGUGAUUCGGAUGGAAAUGCCCAAAAGAAUAAGAGGUUUUAUGUCCUCCAAGCUAGAGGUGAACAAGAGUGUCCCCCGGAUGUGGCUACGG